AUGGAAAAAAAUCUUACAGCACACGACAAAAUAAUCUGGACUGAAGAGGGUCUUGCGGCCUUCACACAAAUGAAAUGUGCUUUGCAAACUCCUCCGACUCUUGGACUGCCGAAUCCGAAUAAGCCAUUUACUCAGACAGUAGAUGAAAGACAGGGCUGCAUGACUUCUGUGCUGCUACAACCCCAUGGUGAUAAACUCCGCCCGGUUGCGUAUUUCUCCGCAAAACUCGACCCUGUCGCUGCAGGACUGCCACAAUGUUUGCGCGCUGUGGCCGCGGCUGAAAGAGCGCUCACUGCCUCACGUGACAUAGUGGGUUACGCACCACUCACUCUGCUCGUUCCGCACGCGGUUUCUUUGAUUCUCCUCGAACAGAAAUCCUCUCACCUUUCUGCGGCUCGCUAUUUACGGUACCACACAUGUCUCCUCGACAUGCCGAAUGUCACAAUAAAACGUUGUACUAACCUUAACCCUGCAUCCUUACUUCCUAUUCCUGGGGAUGGGGAGGACCACAACUGUUUGGCUGAGCUCCAAGCUCAGUGCACUCCUCGUCCUGACCUAGUGGACACUCCACUAACUAACAGCGACAUGGUAAUGUAUGUGGAUGGAUCCGCCUCUCGCGAUCCUCAGUCUGGUGAAAAUUGUGUUGGUUUUGCUGUUGUUUCUGACUCUGGUGUGCUGUGUUCAGGUCCUCUGCCAUGUCACCUCUCAGCCCAGGCAGCUGAGCUCAUCGCUCUGACCGAAGCCUGUAAACUGGCUAAGGGUAAAACAGUCACAGUUCACACUGACUCUCGCUAUGCGUUUGGUGUAGUACAUGAUUUUGGGGCACUGUGGAGACACAGGAAUUUCCUUAAAUCGGACGGUAAGCCCAUCCUACAUCACACUCUCAUUGCUGAACUGUUGGAAUCCAUCUUGCUACCCACAGCUAUUGCUGUCUGUAAAUGUGCAGCCCACACGUCUAAUACAGAUGAUGUAUCACGGGGAAAUGCUCGAGCAGACUCGGCUGCAAAAGCUGCUGCUCUGCGCUCGCUCCCAGCUUCCGCUGUUUUCAUGUGCUCUGAGGUGUCAGUUCCCUCCUCUCUUACAGCGAUGCAGUCACUCUCCACCCCUGAUGAAAGACGGCUUUGGUCCAUAUCUGGCUGUAUUUACACCAACGGCCUCUGGACUGGACCCGAGGGCAAGCCGUGUUUACCUAAACAUUAUUUUGCCCAUUAUGCUAAGUUGACUCAUGGGUUAGACCAUGUGUCAAAAGGUGGAAUGUUACGUGCACUUAAUGAGACGUGGUUUACAAAAGGGUUCACAGCAUAUGCACAAAAAUUUUGUUCUGCAUGUGUCACCUGUUCUACUCACAAUGUAGGCAGGCCCGUGGGCGUGUCCAGCCAGGCUGCACACCCACCACCAACCCGCCCUUUUGAGCACAUUAUGAUGGAUUUUGUGGAGUUAUCUCCAUCUGAAGGUUGCAGCCGCCCUCCCGAAACCAGCUGAAGGACCACUCCACAAACUGAAACCUGGUGACUUUGUGGUGGUGAAAGACUUCAGAAGAAAGAACUGGAAAGCACGACGCUGGCAGGGACCGUUCCAGAUUCUCCUUGUCACCCAAACAGCUGUCAAAGUAGCUGAAAGGGCAACUUGGAUCCACGCAUCCCAUUGCAAGAAGGUUCCAGAUCCAGUACCAGCAGUGGGCUCAAGCGACCCUACCCCCACAACAAGUGUCAAUCAACCGACACCACCGUUGCAGUGACCACGGACGGGUUCACAACGGGCAGUUGACCGACAGACACACAGUGCAUUGUGAUCUGUGUUGACUGUCUACAACGCGGAUGCCUCACAAGAAAGAAGGUUGGCAGACUCCACAUCCCAACGUGUACCUACGGACCAACACAAGAAGAAGAACACGACCAGGACCCCUCCACAUAGACACAGUAGUCGUUUGUGUCACUACGGUUUCAUUCGUAUUAUUGCUUGCUUCAGUCUCAUUGUAUCUUAGCAUCUUUUUGUGAUUUGUAAUCAGCUAUCUAAAGAGUGGUUCUCCUUAUCAUGGAACGGCAACGGCCAUGGAGCCCCCUUAGACGACUGGGGGGAACUCGUGUAACCAUGUGUUUAUUUGCAAGUGUCACUUUGUUUGUGUUAAUUCCAUAUUCUGGACAUGACUCUGACAAUGACCCCAACAGUGACUCUGACUCCCUGGUCGACCUCAACACUUACGACCUCGAUACAUACGCAUAGUGACAUUUUUAUAUUCUCAUGUUUCUGUGUUCAUUCCUUUUGUUUCAUAUUUGCUUGCUAAACGACCUGAGACUUGGUCUCACAAAAACAUAUUUUUGCAAUAUUAUGUGUGAUUAAAGAAUAAUCAAAAGAGUGGAAUGUAAUGGUAAAAUAUGUUAUAACAUAAUCUUAUGCCAAAAGAUUGAUUAUUGUCUGUAAUGAAGCAAUGUGAGAAGAAAAGGGAGACCCAAAAGUUGCCUUUUGCAGCUAUGUGAAGGAGGAUAGUCAAACUGGCCUUCACCCGAAUGCUCGAACAAAGGAACCCUGUUACUCCCAUCUUUGCCUUGAUUCUUUUCCUGCUUGAUUUGUAACUUUUCAUUUGUGUUAUCUCACAGGUGGUUUAGAGUUUCAGGCUUUAGUAGCUCUCGUGUCUGCAUACCACUAGAAAUGACCUUCAUGUGUGUGUAUAAGAACUCAGCAUUUUCACUGCUCGGAGACGCCAUCUCCACAGAGCACCGUGAUACGUGCCUGUGUAGUUGACCUCCUGCUUGCAAGCAAUAAAUGGACUUUCUGCAACUUUGA